AUGAAGACAGUCGAAGACAUACAGCCAGUCAGAUAUAAGAAGAAGAACUGCUUCGAGGUCCACACGCCUGGGCGCAUCUACUACUUCUCUGCAGACUCCAGACAGCUGGUGAAUCAAUGGAUCGACGCCCUCCGCCGCUCCCGCGACACCCUCCACGGCAUCGAGCCCAGCAAGCCACCACAAGUGUUGGCCAAGGCACAUGUAAAUGAUUUCCAGGCCCUGUGCGUCAUCGGCCGCGGCAGCUUCGGCAAGGUGAGGCAUAAGACUUCGGGCAAGAUAUUCGCGAUGAAGGUGCUCAACAAGAAGGCGGUGAUGGACCGCAACGAGAUGAAGCACCUCAAGGCGGAGAAGUCGAUACUGAUGAAGCUCGAGUCGCCCUUCCUGGUCAAGCUCUACUUCUCCUUCCAGACCGCGGAAAAGUUCUACUUCGUCAUGGACUACAUCAACGGCGGCGAACUGUUCAGUCACCUGCAGAAGAAGAAGAAGUUCAAACCGGAUCGAGCGCGGUUCUACUCGGCCGAGAUCUUGCUUGGGCUGGAGUACCUCCACAACCAAGGCAUCAUCUACCGGGACCUAAAACCUGAGAAUUUGCUGUUGACGGCGGAGGGCCACAUCUGCAUGACGGACUUUGGCAUCUCCAAGGAGGGCUUCGUGGGCAAGGACGUCAGGACGGCCACAGUCUGCGGCACCCCCGAAUACUUUGCGCCGGAGCUGCUCGAGGGAAAGGGAUAUGGCAAGGAAGUGGAUUGGUGGAGCUUCGGCACGCUGCUGUACGAGAUGCUCACGGGCCAACCGCCCUUCUUCAACGACGACCGUGCGGUGAUGUACUCCAAAAUCAUGAACGAAAAGCUCCAGCUGCCGAGCAAGAUAGGCGAGAUCAAGGCCCAUCCCUUCUUCAAGACCAUCGACUGGCAGAAGCUGGCGGAGCAAAAGGUCACCCCGCCCUAUAACGACCCAAUGUCGGUGGCCAUGAUCGACCCGACGUUCACUAGCGAGCGAGUGCGCGAGAGUCCGGCAGGCAAGAUGGACCCGGAAAUGGCCAUGCAAGCCCACCUGGAUGACUUCACCUACGUGGCCCCGUGCGCCGUGCAGCCGACCCACUAG